AUGAGAACCUCCGCUGUCAUAUGCGCUGCCAUCAGCGCAAGCACAACAUAUGCCGCCGCUAUAGCCUCACGAAGUGCACUACCACCCUUCUUCCUAGUCGCCGGCGACUCUACCACCGCAAAGGGCGGCGGCUGGGGAGAUGGUUUUCUGGAAACCACGCUCUCAAGUCCAGCAUCGGGCAUAAACUACGGUCACAGCGGCACCACGACUGUGAGCUUCAGGGCCCUCGGCGAUUGGGACACUGUAUUAGAGGAGGCAGAAGGCCACAAAUAUGCUUACGAUGUAUUCGUUACGAUCCAAUUCGGCCACAACGAUCAGAAGCCUGCAGCAAACAUCAGCCUGUCCCAAUUCGCAGCAAAUCUCGCCACCUUCGUCGACGAAGUUCGCUCAGUCGGUGCAGAACCCAUCCUCAUCUCAUCAUUGACUCGCCGCACCUUCUCAGGCGAUCCGCCCCGGGUGAUCGAGAAUCUCGCCAACGAGCGCAACGCCACCAUCUCUGUUGCCCUCGAGCGCGAGACCAAAUGGAUCGAUCUGAACAAGGCCAGUACAGACUAUGUCAAUGCUAUCGGUCCGGAUGCGAGCCAUGUGUACAAUCUGGCUCCGGAUGAUAACACGCAUUUGAAUGACUGGGGCAGUGUGGUGUUUGGGAGGAUGGUGAGCGAUUUGUUGGUUGAGAAGUAUGGUGAUGUGUUUGAGCAGUGGACCGUGGAGAAUCAGACGCUUAGUGAGGCGAUUGAAGCUGGCUUGCCGGCUUGA